AUGAGUUUGACUGAAGGGAUAACACCGGGGCCCUCCCCGCCAUUGCCCGUGGGGCCCCCAGGUGGGGCGGGUAUGGGUGAAGAGGGUACUGAGGGGGCCCCUGGGGGCCCCCCGGGGGCCCCCUCAGGGGCCCCCCGUGACGAAGACACCUGUAGCGAUGCGAGCUCUAUGUCUGCUGACGAGCUGCUGACUCCUGAAGAGCACUUAAAAGCAGCAAUAGAUCUGAAGGAUGAAGGAAAUGGUUUGUUUAAAGGGGGGCAGUAUGAAGAGGCCCUCGCAAAAUAUAAGGCAGGAGUGAAGCAUUUAAAGGGAGCGACGGCUUCAGAGGCCAUUGCGGUGUCUGUACAGCUCAGCAGCAACAGCUGCAUGUGCUGCCUGAAGCUGCAGCGCUGGCAGCAGGCAAUUGCAGCAGCAAACGAAGUUUUAAGCAAAGAACCUCAAAACCCCAAAGCCCUGUACCGGCGUGCCCUCGCUAAGAGCAGCUUGGGGGAACUCAGCGACGCCAAAGACGACCUCAUGGCUGUGCUAGCAGUAGACAAGACAAAUGCAGAGGCGAGGAAGGAGUUUAUGAGGGUCAGGGAGAAGAUCCAAGCAGCAAAAGCAGAAGACAAAAAACUCGGGGUGUUAUCUGUCUCCUUGUCUCUCUCUUGUGGAGAGCCUGAGGAGUCCUUUGACACGUGGCUCGAGAAGAAGACAGAAGCAGAGGAGAAGGAGAGAGAAGAGAAGCAGAAAGGGCAGGCCAAGGUGGACAGUCCUCAGGGCGGUUUGCAGCGACGCAAAAGCAAAGGAGACUCCUCGCGCAGCAGCAGCAGCAGCAGCAGCAGCAGCAGCAGUGUGAUGGAGAUUGAUGAGGAGGAUGCAGCAAUUAUAAAUGAAACAAAGAAGAUGGACGUCAGCCCUUGGGCCCGCACGCGAUUUGCAGAGAGGCUGCAGGAGGCAUCUGCUAACUGCGGCGACGCCACCAAUGCUUCCCCGGAGGCCCUUUUAGAGGUUUGCCGUAAGGCUACAGAGGCCUUCAAGUCUGGUGGACUCAAAGACGACAAAGGAAUGCAGGAACUUCUUAAGGGAUGCUUCACCACUACAAUUGAGACAAAGAGUGUGGGGGACGUCACUGGAGACGCACAUCUGGCGGUUGUUCGCGGCAGCAGAAGAGUCUUCUUCGAUUUGAAGUGCAGCAUACAACUUAACAUUUGCUGCAGCUGCAGCAAGGGGCCCUUGGGGGAGGCAGCAGCAGAAAGCGGCUCUCUAGGGAACUAUGAGUCGCAGGGCACCCUCAACCUGCCCGAUGUAAGCAGCGCAGACGGCAGCGGCAUGUCUUGGUUAGAUGGAAGUUCUCUGUCUUUCACCAAACCCCCGCCCAACCACUUCAAACCCAUGGUUGAUGAGGCUGUGCAGAAGUACAAGGAGUCUCUGGUGGAUAAGAUUCAGGCUUUCCUAGAUGACUGCAAGGCGUUGCCGUGA